CCAGAAAUAAAAUAAAAAUAAAAAAGAGAAAUUAAAGCAGAAAAAGUAAAUUGAAUGCUCCAUUUGCAAAAAGCUCUUUCGGACAAUAUUUGGCGACAAAUUUUCCACCGCUGCCUACGGACCAAGCCCAGCCAUGGCUACGGCGGCGAUGUUGGCCGGAAAAGCAAGGCCGAAAGACAUGAAAGUAACGAAGAAGAAAAGGAAGAGCAUAUACGUUUGUUCAAGAGCAGAGGCCAGCAUCUUCUUACCAACCCUAGAAUUCUUGAUUGCAUUGUCCGAACUUCGAAUAUAAAAUCCGAUGAUACUGUUCUGGAAAUCGGACCUGGUACCGGUAAUCUCACUCUCGAGCUCCUUGAAGCUGCCAAGAAUGUUGUGGCCGUCGAAAUUGAUAAUCGUAUGGUCGAGAUACUGCGUAAACGCACCUCCGAGAGAGGAUUCAACGACCGCCUCAAUAUUAUCAGUGGCGAUGCAUUAAAGACUGAUUUUCCAGAAUUCAAUCUUGUCGUAGCAAACAUUCCAUAUAAUAUAUCAUCUCCUUUAUUGGCUAAAUUGGUUUACGGGGUGAAAACAAAUCCAUUCAGAAGCGCGACACUCUUGCUUCAAAAAGAAUUUGCAAGAAGGCUAUUAGCAAAGCCAGGCGACUCCGAAUUCAACAGAUUAGCUGUGAAUGUAACGCUUGUAGCCGAAGUCGAGUUUGUAAUGGAUGUCAGCAAAAGGGACUUUGUGCCAUGUCCGAAAGUUGAUUCAUCGGUUAUCAAAAUAUACCCUAAAAGUGAGAUCCCAAACGUGGAUUUAAACGAGUGGUGGGCUUUUACAAGAACUUGCUUCAGCAAGAAAAAUAAAACGUUGGGUGCAACGUUUAAGCAGAAGAAGAAACUGAUUGAGCUAAUGAACUUGUCUGAUUCCGGAAAGUUCUUGGAAAACGACACGUCAUCAUCGAUGACCUCAUUUAGGGGAGAAAUCAUGAGGCUUUUGGAAUGUGGCGGAUUUUCGGACAAGAGGCCGAUAAAACUUGGUAAUGAUGAUCUUUUAUGUUUGUUGUCUCUGUUUAAUGAAGCUGGGAUAUUUUUUCACGAUCGAGCAAAGAAUAAGGAUACAUUCGAUACUGCCUUUGAUGCUUGUGAUGACCUGCUGUAAAACUAGGUGCAAGUCUAGUUAUAUGUCUUUUUGUUUGGGUGAAGGAGAAUGGAAAAAUUGUAAUUUUGGUCCUCUAUGUUGGCGUACUUAUGGUUUUAGUCCUUUUAAGUUAUCCAAUUUCAAUUUCAU